CCGCUCAGUCCGCCUCGCAGAUGAAGCCAAGACGAGCUGGUCGAGUGCGUCACCUCGAGUGUGCGCACGCACUAUUGUUGCACUCCGACGUGCUUUGUGCUGCGGGAAGCAUCUAGAACACUUCGUCCUGGGUCCGAGUCAGGACGCGCAGGCUGCUGGUCCGCAGCAUCUUCAAAAAGCGACACAAAAUAAAUCUUUUUUUUUUUUUUUUUAAAUGUUUUUUGCGACGACGGAGGCAGCUUGGACUACUCUCGUGAAACAGGAAUGAUUUAUCCCCCUGGAGGUUUAUUCUACAUCGAGAUGGACCCGGCGCCGCCAGCUCUCCCCCCUAGGUCAACAAAGCCAGCCUCUUCUGCCAUGAACAAUAACUGCCUUCCCCCGCCGACGUACUCCCUACAGGACGCGGAAUGGUACUGGGGAGACAUAACCAGGGAUGAGGUGAACGAGAAGCUCCGCGACACGUCUGACGGCUCCUUCCUGGUGCGCGACGCGUCCACAAAGUUGCAGGGAGACUUCACGCUGACAUUGCGGAAAGACGGCCACAAUAAGCUGAUCAAGAUUUACCACCGAGACGGCAAGUACGGCUUCUCGGACCCGCUCACGUUCGCCUCGGUGGUGGAGCUCAUUUGGCACUACCAGCACCAUCCCUUGGUGGAGUACAACGCCACACUGGACCUGAUGCUUACACAUCCCUUGUCCCGCUUCCAGCAGGUGAAGGAGAACAGCGUCGAUGUUGCGGGAAGGAAGCUUAAAGAGGUCCACUGUCAGUAUCAAGAGAAAUCAAAGGAGUUUGAUCGUCUUUAUGAGUCCUUCACCAAGACCUCACAGGAAAUUCAGAUGAAGCAAACGGCGAUCGAGGCGUUCAACGAGACGAUGAUGAUCUUUGAGGAGCAGUGUCGUGAACAGGAGCGCUACGGGGAGGAAUUUGAGAGGAACAAUCAAUCUGACGGAGACGACAAAGAUCUGGAGAGCUUUUUGAUCAAUUACGAGAAGCUGAAGUGCCGACUCUGCGAGAUCUACGACAGCAAGAUCCAUCUGGAGGAAGACUUGAGAAGCCAGGUGGAGGACUACCGAGAGACAGACCGAAAGAUAAACAGUUUGCGGCCAGAUCUCAUCCAGCUGCGCAACAUCAGAGACCAGUACCUCAACUGGCUCAACCACAAAGGCGUACGGCAGAAACGUAUAUACGACUGGCUCGGCAUACUCAGUGACAGCCUCGACGAUACGUACGUGCUGAAGGGCGACGAGAAGAACUUGCCACAUCAGGACGAGACGAGUUGGUUUGUGGGCGAAAUGAGCCGGACGCAGGCCGAGGAGAUGCUGGACGGGAAAGACACCGGCACGUUCCUCAUUCGUGAGAGCAGCAAACAAGGCUCCUACGCCUGCUCCGUUGUAGUCAAGGAAGAAGUGAAGCACUGUAUGGUCUACAACACGCCGCACGGCUACGGCUUCGCCGAGCCCUACGACAUCCACUGCUCCCUGAAAGACCUGGUCCUGCACUACCGCCUGCACUCCUUGGCGCAACACAACGACGCCCUGGACGUGAGGCUGUCGCAUCCGGUACACGCCAAAGCGCCCGCGGUGCCCUCGCAACACGCCGAGGAGCACAAACUCAUACAGACUGUCCGGCUUCCACCGGCCGCCCCAGAAAUGUAAACCCGGUGAGAUUCUACGAAGGACGUGUUUACUGUAGCCUGCGAGAAGGACUGCAAAAAUGUUGCACUAAAGUGAUUCCAUCAGUUUUGGCGAACGCGAGUUCACAGAUCCAAGUGGGACCGGAACUUGAAUGUCAGCUUCUGUUGUUUUUUUUGUCUCUUUCAAGAGACCGUUAAAUGUUUCCGGGAAGACCUUCAUAUAUUGCUGUUUGUUAUUUUGGUAUAGACAUGUCGACGCCCGCUCGAUUGCUCCCAGUCGUCUUGGUUUGACCCAAACAAUCGGAGCUGACGUUUUUCGCUUCAAUCUGAACGAGCUCUGAGAAAGUUACAGAUUAUAUUCGACGGCUGCGACACGAGUGGGGAGAAAAUGGUGCUGUACACAGGCUGUUUCUGUCGUCCAUGGUUUGGUGGACCAAACCGUUCUUGGGGGGGGGGAAAUGCCACUUGUGAAUAUGUGAAAAAUUGUGGUGCACCCUAACAAUUUGCAGCAUUCAUACAGUGGAUAUUAUGUAGCAUUAACAUCCUGUAGUAAGCCAUUAUAAAAGCAUACUCCUGGUUAUACCCGUUGACCAAAGCACUUGGCAAACAUCUCGUCGAUGCAUCAAACUAUCUACACCUGCUGAUGAAAACAUAAUCGGAAGUACUGUACGUUAUAUUCUGUUACUCCCAAGUAUAAGCGUUUUGUAUUCUAUAUAUAUUUUUUCUAUAAACACGCCACAAGAUGAAAAGCUUGAAGAAAGUGCAAUCCGACAGUAUUUCUACUGUUGCAAAAGUGUGACGGCGGUGUGAGGUGUUAUGAGCGGUUGACGUGCGCCACAAAAAUGCACUCGGUGGUGGUGUCGGCGAGAUACGGCCGGCGGUGUUCGUGUGAACCGCGCCAGGUCCGGAAGUGUCCGGCCUCCAUUACUUGAAUUGUGGCAUUGCUCCAGCUAUGAAUGUGUUUCCUGACAUGCAGCCCACACAGUUAGAGGCGGGAAGAAUCGGGUGUUGAACUUGGGCACAUUUUUUUGGGUCUUUUGUUCAAGUUUGAUGACAACAGGAACUCUGUACAGAGGAACUAAAAUGUAUUUCUAAGGUGGCUUCUCGGAUUGAGGCCCACGGAGCCUCGUAGUUGAAAUAAAAACUCCGUAUGAAGACGGAGAGAACGCCUCGGGUAAGGCUAAGCAAUGUGAGAUUCUGACCUUUUUCUUGCUGAAAGACAAUAAACUGAUGAGGGUUUUGUCAUUUUA